AUGGCCCAAUACUUCUUCGAUCUGCUCUACACCUUCACCGAUUGCAUAUGCUGCUUUCCGAGCACGCCGCAGCUGAAGAUCAAUAACCGGAGCUUCAAACUAUUGCGACUUCUGGGCGAGGGUGGAUUCUCCUACGUGUACCUCGUCCAAGAUAAGGCUACGUCAGAACUCUUUGCCUUGAAGAAGAUCCGGUGUCCGUUUGGCCAAGAGUCCGUCUCCCAGGCCCUGAAAGAAGUCGAAGCCUAUAACCUGUUCACGUCACAAAACAACAUCAUUCACUCCAUCGACCACUGCGUCUCAACGGAAUCGGGUUCGAAAUUCCGCUCCGAUGGCGGCGAGGCUGGAUCGAAAACCGUCUACAUUCUGCUGCCGUACUACCAACGCGGAAAUCUUCAGGAUGCGAUCAACGCGAAUCUCGUCAACCAUACCCGUUUCCCGGAGAAAAGACUGAUGAUGCUCAUGCUUGGUGUCGCCAAUGCGCUCAAAGCAAUGCAUCAGUAUCGCGUCAAGAGGGGUGCUGGGUCUACACGCAGAGCCAAGGCAAUCCGGCGGGAGGGCGAAGAGACCGAUGCCGAACUAUCUAUGCAGAUGGGCAAACCUAAGCGUCGAGCCAGCCAGCGCGUGGACGAAGACUCGGAAAAUGAGCCUUUGAUGGAUGACGAGGUCACGAGAAGCCAGGAAGGCAUUCAAGAGGGAGAUGUUCGUCCCUAUACGCACAGAGACGUGAAACCAGGCAAUAUCAUGAUCGACGAUGAUGGACAGACUCCCAUCCUUAUGGACCUUGGCUCUCUGGCGCCGAGUCCCAUAGCCAUCACCUCCCGCUCCCUCGCUCUGGCGGUGCAAGAUACUGCCGCUGAGCAUAGCACGAUGCCAUACCGAGCGCCUGAGCUCUUUGAUGUCAAGACCGGGUCAAUCAUCGACACCAAGGUUGAUAUCUGGUCUUUAGGGUGUACGUUGUACGCCUGCCUGGUAGGCAAGAGCCCCUUUGAAGCCCGUAGUGAGGAAACAGGCGGCAGCUUGAGUAUGUGUGUCCUCGGCGGGGAUUGGCGGUUCCCCGACGAGAAGCCUGGAGCCACCAAGGGCAAAGGCAGAGCUGGCGGGGAUGAUGCGAGCAAAGACAACGCCGCCACCAUCAGCGAGCCCGUCAAGGAGGUUGUCAGGAAAUGCUUGCAAGUUGAGCCUGCGGACCGGCCCGACAUCGACGAACUCAUUCAGCUCAUGAAGGAUGUGAUCCAGGACCUCUCAGAUGACGAUGUCAUCGCCUCGAGAUCAGACUAA